AAUAGUAACCACCACCUAUGGAAAAGGAAUUCAUUGGUGCGGAUCAACAAGAUCAGCUCGGAAACGGCUUCUCUAAUAGUAAUGAGUCAUCUUCAUCAGUAUCUUCCAAAGGAAAUGGCCUUCAAGAGGGUAUGUGCUUUAAGAAACUCAAGGACAUGUCUUAUGCUGAGAUCUCUAAACUGAAGAUUUUUCAGGACAACAAGGAAGAAAUCCUGAAUAAGGCUAUUGAAGAGGCUAAGAGAAUCAGUAAGAGAAACGCCUACUUCAAAAUUGAUGAAGUCAUGUUCAAAGUUCAUUAUGAAACCCAAAUGGGCCAAGAAGUUAAGAUCUUAGGCUAUGGAGGCUUAUUUGGAAACUGGAAGCCAGAAAAGGCGAUCAAACUAACUUGGAAUGAUGGCCACCAUUGGACUGUUAAAGUCUCUACAGAAGAACUUCCUAAGGAAGGAGAGUACAAAUAUAUGAUUUCUUGAGAUAAUGGAGAUGCAAUUUGGGCAAGUGGAGACAACAAGAAGUACAACAUCAAGAGAUUUAAAGAGGUAUUAAACAACACCCAGUUAUCUAAAGAUAGUCACAAGUAUGAGGCUGAUGUUUGCUUAGUACCAGGGUCAGACUCAAUGCCCCAACCUGUUGUCAGUGUGAAGAUAGAGUAUGAUCCUCGCACUAAAGUUCUAUGCAUUUUGGAUAACUUUCAUUCGGCCCCUUAAAUUAGGUAUUUAUUUCAACAUGCUCUGAA